AUUCAGUGCUUAUCGAGACGUGACGGGGGAAAGACGUGCGCCGCUCUUGCUCCUCGCUUGGAAGGCAUUUUCAUACUUACAAAUUUACUUCAAACUUUUGCAAACUUAAGUGACAUUUAAGUGAAUAUUUCUGGAGUGAAGUGAACUUAAGAGGAAGCUCAUUACUUAGACGAAAGAUUUGACGUAAGGUUUUAAUGGAAGGUCGACUGUUUAACGACAGAAGCGAAUCAGCAGGGGUGGCAGAGGUGGUGGGGGGCUUGGUGACGGGUCGCGAGGGCAGGGGAGAGGCGCCCCCCGCCCCACCUGGAGGAGAAUGCUGGUGUGCAGUUUUUGCCCCCGACGGUUCGCGCCUUGCUUGGUCAUGUGGUUACCGUAAGGUUAUCCUGGUGCCUUGGAAUAGGUACAAAAACUGCCUCCACUCACAGGACCGCUUAGACCCGCGUGGCGUGCCCCUUGACCUCCAGAAGAUUAAUAUUGAUGCUGGUUUCCCGGUAACCAGUCUAGCGUUCGGAACUGGCGUGCCGGAAAAGGAACUUGGUUUUAAACGGAAAUACUGGCUCCGGUUUGAUUUUACGAAGGAUCUUAUCUUAGCAACGGGGCACCGGAAUGGACGUAUCAGAGUUUGGGAUCCGUAUUCUGGGAAAUUGCUGCUGGAGUUGACUGACCACAGCAAGCCAGUUACCGGCCUAGCUUUUGCACCAGAUGGGUCCCUCCGCCUGUCUUCUGCCUCCAGAGAUGGGACUGUUAAGGUAUGGGACAUGUGCGAUGAUGGGAACAUGUUUAAAACGCUGAAGGAACACCAGUCUCCAGUUCGAUCUCUCGCCUGGUCACCGGAUGCAACUCUUCUUUGCUCUGCUGGGGACAAACAGAAGGUGCUGGUGUGGGACAUGGUCAAUUAUAAGUUACUACGAAGGCUGUCCGGACACUUCAAUUCAGUGUUAAGUUGCUGUUUCUCUCCUGACGGUGCCCUUGUGGCCACUGCCUCCUGCGACACAAGAGUUAUUGUCUGGGAUCACGCCACAGGGCAGCAGGUGCGAGUUUUCCAUCACCUGUAUCCUCCACCAGGGAUCAUCUACAUGUCAGGGGAUAACAGCUCACAAGUCAAAUGUGUCUGCUUCUCCCCAUCUGGCUGCCAGUUAGCUUCAAUUUGCGAUGAUGGGAAGCUCCGUUUCUGGGACCUGACAAGUGAUAGCCAGUCAGCCGUCAGCGAGGGUCAGGCCCCAGCUGGUGAUGCAAUGCUGACUUGUUCCUUUUCGCCUCUCGGUGGAGCUGUCUGUGUCGGACAUGAAUCCGGAAGCCUGAUAUUCUACUCUGCACCUUCUCACCUUCCUUCUCUUCUCCACCUAUCACGAAUGAGUGUGAGGAAGGCUGUCUCAUCUCCCUCGCUGUCUGACCUCCCAUUACCCCCCGCUCUAAUCCCAUACCUGACCUAUCACCGCCCUUGAGAGAGAGAGAGAGAGAGAGAGAGAGAGGGGACCACAUAUUUUAAACACUAAGUGCCAUUUUAAAGUGAAUUAAAGAUAGAGAGAGAGAGAGAGAGAGAGAGAGAGAAUAGUAUUAGAAGCAUUAGAAUUAUUUUUAUUACUACUAUUACUAUUACUACUAUUACUGCUACUGCUACUACUACACGAUUAUGCUCAAUAGUAGUAGUAGUAGUAGUAGUAGUAGUAGUAAAAUUAUUUUCAUUGUUAUUGUUUUUGUUAUUGUUACUACUACUACUACUACUACUACUACUACUACUACUACUACUAUUAUUGCUGCCGCUGCCACCAACAUUACUACUACUAUUCUUCUACAACUACUACCACUACUACAACUAUCGCUGUGUUUUUUUUAUGAUAAAGAUUUUGAAUAAACAUUUGGAGUAUAAA